CCCAAACUAUGAGAAUAAUGAAAAGUGCAAAAUUGUUGGAUGAGCAAAACGCAAAGCUCAAAUCUACCAUGCUUUGCACUUUGGCCACUUAACAUCGAUGAUGUGAUGAUGCAUGCAAGAAAAGAAACCCAAAAAAACAGAAGCAAGGUAGCUCAAUUAAAUUACAUCGAGCAAAAAGUCUAUCUCCCUCUUUCUCUUUCUCUCUCUCUCGCACUACUUUUGAACCAAGCACUCACGAGACACACUUGAGGCUUCACCCUUUGAAUUCAUCUUUAUGGUGCUACACGACCUAAUCCUCCUAACCCGUCCUAUCUGGAGAAACAAACCGUGAAAACUGCUCCUUCUCUUCUCUUUCUCUCUUUACAAUUUUCAUCUUCAUGAACGUUCCCUGCAAAAAAUUUCACCCUCCACAGCUUUGAAUUGAUAAGCCAAGUGUGGCAAUUGCUUGACAUGAACACAUCUUUCUUUUCUUCUCAUACAAGCCAAAAGGGUCUUUUCUGAAUUCGUAGAUGAAUCAUCAUAUUGACACAUAUUCUUCUUCUUCUUCUUCGUUUUUUGUUGGAGCCUAUGUUUCGGAAUCGGUUUAUGCACUUCCUGAAAUCCGUUCACACGUUCAGAAGAAAAUCUCCUUUUGACAGUUUGUUUUGACAAGCAAAGCAAGCAUCGGUCACUGCAUAUCAUUGUUUCAGUCUUUGAGAGGCAUGCACUUUGCUAGAGGUUCAAUGGGAGGCUCAUGCUUCCAUGCGCUUCGUUUGAGGAGGUUCAAGAGUAAGGCUCUGCCAGAACCCUGUUCAUCUUCCAAAACCCGGUUGGAUUCUGACUUGGAGAACAUGGAGAGAAGAAGAUUUGAUAGCUUGGAAUCAUGGUCCAUGAUAUUGGACUCUGAGAAUGUGGAGACAUGGGAAGCAUCAAAGGAGGAUCAAGAAGAAUGGACUGCUGACCUUUCUCAACUUUUCAUAGGUAACAAGUUUGCUUCUGGUGCUCACAGUAGAAUUUACCGUGGAAUUUACAAGCAGAGAGCCGUUGCUGUCAAAAUGGUGAGAAUUCCCACACAGAACGAGGAGAGGAGAGGCUUGCUCGAACAGCAAUUCAAGUCUGAAGUGGCUUUACUUUCACGUCUCUUUCAUCCUAACAUAGUGCAGUUUAUUGCAGCAUGUAAAAAACCGCCGGUGUACUGUAUCAUAACAGAAUACAUGUCACAAGGAACUCUGAGGAUGUAUCUGAACAAGAAAGAGCCAUACUCUCUUUCAAUAGAAACUAUAUUAAGGUUAGCUCUUGACAUAUCUAGAGGCAUGGAGUACCUUCAUUCGCAAGGUGUGAUUCACAGAGAUUUGAAGUCAAAUAACUUGCUUCUCAAUGAUGAGAUGAGGGUUAAGGUGGCAGACUUUGGAACAUCGUGUCUUGAAACGCGGUGUCGGGAGACCAAGGGAAACAUGGGAACAUAUCGUUGGAUGGCACCGGAGAUGAUUAAGGAGAAACCUUACACUCGUAAAGUUGAUGUCUACAGUUUUGGAAUUGUGCUUUGGGAACUCACCACCGCUCUUCUUCCCUUCCAAGGAAUGACCCCUGUACAGGCUGCUUUUGCUGUUGCUGAGAAGAAUGAAAGGCCUCCACUGCCUGCUAGUUGCCAGCCAGCACUUGCCCAUCUGAUAAAGCGUUGUUGGUCAGCAAACCCUUCAAAGAGGCCAGAUUUCAGUGACAUUGUGUGUACUCUGGAGAAGUACGAUGAAUGUGUUAAGGAGGGUCUUCCUCUGACCCAUCAUUCAGGCCUAGUCAACAAAAAUGUCAUUAUUGAGCGCUUAAAAGGUUGCGUCCCUAUGAGCUCUUCCAUACCUGUACAGGCUUGAUUCCCUAUAAGGUAUAUAUUGUUGUUGUUUUCCUUCCAAUCCAUAUUGAAGCUCAUAUCAUAUAACUUGAAUAUUUACACAUGCUACCUUCAUAUGUUCUUUCAACUGUAUUAUGUAACUGUACCUUUUUCAGUUGUGUCAAAGGGAUGAGUUAUUUCAUUAAAGACGAAUGUGAUCUGAGCAACUCUUAAUUUGCAAACAUACAACUAGUCUUAGUCUAGUACAAA